AUGGAAGGCAUGUCAACACAGGACAACUCCCCGAUGACCCUAACGCCGCCUCUGAUUGAAAACCAAGUCCAGCGCGUUCACCGACCUCAAUGUAUGUGUGAUGCAGAAGAUAUGAGUCUCCUUUCUCGAAGCUAUUUCAAAUUGAUAAAACAAAUUACUGUCAGUUCAUGCUGCAAAGCCCAGUCAUGACUGAAGCAUUGCAACCCCCCUCGAAAUGCUGAAGAAGUUUAUUACAAUCUUUUAGAAAUUCCGUUAGAUGUCACAGAGUAUUUAGAAAGCGCAAAACAAAUUGAACUAGACCUAAACAGAACUUUCCCAGAUGAGCCUUAUUUCAUAAAUGGAGAAGGCCAGUCUGCUUUGAGGAGGGUUUUACAAGCAUUCAGUAAAUAUGACAUACUUACUUACUUACUUACUUAGUUACAUAGUUUUUAAGGUGUCUAGUGCCCACACCCCUUAAUGAAAAAGGGUCAAAGCGACAACUAGUGACGUCACCAAGCCAUCUUGGAAUAUGUGGUCAGCCCACACCCAAGCCUUCUAUGAGGCUAGUCGCCAGAUAAAUCGCCGCACAUCUCACCCGGCGCGUUGCCGUCGCUCGUCCAGACUCAGCUCCUGCGCGUGUUCCGCCUAAGGGUCAUCCUCCCGUGGGGACGUGCUGAGAGGUAAAACUCCGAAAUCUUGAGUGCACUGAGGAGUCGUGCCUUUGGUUAUCCCCAAAGUUAAACGACUAUUGCUGUGCAGAAGUUCUCGAGAGAAAACCCAACCCCAUAAAUAAAAUUCCAUGAGGGAGAGAAAAUUGGCAGAGCCAAUUUCUCUCGAACCGAAUGCCAUUUUAUUUAUGUAAAUAUGACAUACAAAUGGGCUAUGUCCAGGGAAUGAAUUUUAUUGCAGGAGCACUGCUGUGGCAUGCAUCUGAAGUUGACGCUUUUUGGCUUUUUGUAGGCCUAAUGGAAAACUACGAAAUCAGAGAUACCUACCUUCCAAGUCUGCCUGGGCUUUCUAAGCAUUGCCAAAUAAUACAAAUCCUGAUCGUUGAAAAUCUCCCGAAUUUGCACCGACAAUUUGCUGAGCACAGAAUAGGGAAUGAAAUGUUUUUAGCAGAGUGGUGCUUUACUUUGUUUGGCAGUGCAGUCCCAGUUGAUGAAAUGCUGAAUAUGCUUGAUGCAUUUUUCGAAAAAGGCUGAGUAUUUUUCUAUAAAUUUGUGUUAGCAAUUUUACAGUGUCUUGAAAAGAAACUGCUUGAUGCAAGAGACCCUAUUGAAGUGCUGACUCCGCUGAAAAUCUGUCAUAAAUCUCAAAAGGAAUGGAAAAAGUUUUUAGAGCUGCUUGAUGGUGGAAGGGGGAAAAUCUGUUGAAGGAGCUUGAUAAGGAAAGCUAAGAAUUUAAAAGUCAAUGAGAAGUACAUCAGGUAUUUGCAAAUGAAUUUUAAUUUGGAAACUGGACAAUUUUGUCUGCCUAAAGCUCAUAAGUAG